AUGGGCAACGACGUCCGGGGCAGUAUCGGAACAAACGGCUUUGCCCACAACGAAUAUCUUUCUGCAGCUGUUACCGGUAUUCGCGACGACGGUGCACCAGAGGACCCCACAUUGGCGCCCGGGACAGCUGACUGGACGCUGCACGAGCCGGUGUCAGAGAUCGACCCCAAAGAUGCGGCCACGCCAGAUGCAUGGGUGCCGCGGCACCCGGGCCUCAUCCGCCUCACCGGCAGGCACCCCUUAAAUGUGGAGCCAACCCCCACAGCGCUGAUGAAGUAUGGGUUCAUCACCCCGGCUUCCCUGCACUACGUGCGCAACCACGGCCCAGUGCCCAAGAUCCAAUGGGCGCAGCACCGACUGCAGAUCAACGGCCUGGUAGACAGGCCCACCACCUUCACAAUGGACGAGCUGCUCAGCACCUUUGAGCAUGUGGACGUUCUCUGCACCCUCACCUGUGCCGGCAACCGGCGAAAGGAGCAGAACAUGGUGGCCAAGACAAUUGGCUUCAACUGGGGCCCGGCUGGCACCAGCACAGGGAUGUGGACGGGGGUGCGGCUGGCCGAUGUGCUGCACCACUGCAGCAUCAAAGGCGCUGAGCAGGCGGCCAACUAUGUGUGCUUCCGAGGGCCCAAGAACGAGCUCCCGCAGGGCAAGGACGGCAGCUAUGGGACGAGCGUGGAGAGGUACAAGGCGCUGGACCCGGCCUCAGACAUCAUUCUGGCAUUCAAGCAGAACGGCCGCCUGCUGACGCCCGACCACGGCUACCCCCUGCGCAUCAUUAUCCCAGGGUACAUUGGCGGGCGGAUGGUGAAGUGGAUAGAGGAGAUCACAGUCACAGAGGCGGAGAGCGACAACUUUUACCAUUUCCAUGACAACCGCGUGCUUCCCUCCCACGUCACCGAAGUCCUCGCCAAGAAAGAAGGCUGGUGGUACAAGCCGGACUUCAUCAUCAAUGACAUAAAUAUCAACUCGGCCAUCACUUCGCCCGCGCAUGACGAGUUCGUCCUGCUGCCGGGCCGCAACUCCUUCUUCACCGUCUGCGGCUACGCCUACUCAGGUGCGGGGCGCAAGAUAAUCCGAUGCGAGGUGACAUUGGACGGCGGCAAGACCUGGCGGCUGGGGGAAAUACGCCGUGCUGGGCCGCCCAACGCAUACGGCAAGCACUGGGCCUGGGUGCACUGGAGCCUGCGCGUCCCCCUGCUGGAUCUGCUGAGGACGGAUGAGGUGGUUUGCCGGGCGUGGGACGAGGCGAUGAACACGCAGCCGGACUCCUUCACCUGGAACCUCAUGGGCAUGCUCAACAACUGCCACUACCGAGUCAAGGUGCACCCAGUGGAGCUGCAGGACAAUGGAAUGGCGCUGCAAUUUGAGCACCCCACCAUCGCAGGCGUCACUGCUGGCGGCUGGAUGAACCGCGUCGAAAACACUGUCCAGGAGGCGAAGGAGGUGCCAGAGCCGGCGGAGGCUCAGGCGGUGCCCAAGGGUGGAGAGGCGACGACCUUCAGCAUGGAGGAGGUUGAGAAGCAUGACACCAGGGAGUCCGCCUGGUUCGUGCACGCGGGGCAGGUGUACGAUGGGACGCCGUUCCUGAAGGACCAUCCGGGCGGCGCAGACAGCAUUCUGCUGGUGGCGGGCACGGACGCAACAGAGGAAUUCAACGCGAUCCACUCAGAGAAGGCCAAGAAGCAGCUGCUGCAGUAUCAAAUUGGCAAACUCGCCUCCUCUGCUCCCCCAGUGCCAGAGCAGACAGUGCCGGUGGCGCUCAAUCCAAAGAAGCGGCUCAAGUUCAAGCUGGUGCAGAAGGAGGAGCUGAGCCACAACGUGCGCCGCUUCCGUUUCGCGCUGCCCUCGCCGCAGCACAAGUUUGGCCUGCCCGUCGGCAAGCACGUCUUCCUCUACGCAGAUGUGGCCGGGGAGCUGGUGAUGCGCGCGUACACACCGACCUCAUCAGAUGACGAGCUGGGCUACUUUGAUCUUGUCAUCAAGGUGUACUGGAAGAACGAGCACCCGCGCUUCCCUGAGGGCGGCAAGAUGAGUCAGUGCUUAGAAGCGCUGCCCAUCGGAGGGGAGAUGGAGGUCAAGGGGCCCCUCGGCCACAUGCACUACCUCGGCCGUAACAGGUAUACUCUGGAGGGCGAGGCGCGCACAGCCAAGCACUUCUCCAUGAUCGCCGGCGGCACAGGCAUCACGCCCUGCUACCAGGUUAUCAAGGCGGUGUUGAAGGAUGCGGAGGAUGAUACGCAGCUGUCACUGCUGUACGCCAACCAGAGCCCCGACGAUAUCCUGCUCUUCGACGAGCUGCAGCAGAUGGCCAAAGACCCGCGCUUGAAAAGCUGUGUCUGGUGCACAGUGGACCGAGUGCCGGAUGGCGUGAAGUGGGCCUACAGCACCGGCUUUGUGAGCGAGGAGAUGGUGCGGGAACAUCUGUUUCCGGCCGGCCCCGAGACGGCCGCGCUGCUGUGUGGCCCACCGCCCAUGAUCAAGUUUGCAUGCAUGCCCAACCUGGACAAGCUGUGCUACAAGGCAGAGGACUGCAUCUGCUUUUAG